UGUGCUCUGGGAGUGAGAGUGCGGGGAUAAACGGCACAUGCACUCUGCGCAUCGGUGUAACACUCAACAGCCUUUUUCAUGUAGGUUGGCAUCUUCAGGUGGGAUUGACUCUGAGAUCGCUUUUUUUUGCAAUAAAUACCUUCAUAAUUUUUUUUUUUUUUAAACCUUGUGUCUACGUUUGGUGAUUAUUGAUGGAGCCCCGUGAACUUGAAACAUGACGGGACGCGAGUGUUUUUUCUUGCGCACCGCUCGUCUGUUCCCUCACCUUCACAGGUAGAUUUGGAGAAGGAAAAUUAUAGACAGAUAAAUCGAUUUCUUUCGCCUUUUUGCUGCCUCUUUCAUCGGGAUCUGUAUACUGGAGAUGAUAAGCAGUGAUUUUGGGACUGGCUCUAACGGGAGAAACCACGAGGCUGACCGCAGUCACCGCAGGUGACUCCAGUCCCCGUCCAUCCUCAACUUAAACGGGGGGAAGGAACUGCGACACAGGCAAUGCAGCUUCUAAUUCAUCCCAAUUUGUGUCAUCAGAAGCCUCAGUCCCAAACCUUUUUUCCUCUUUGAUUAUUAUUCCCACGGGCCAAUUAUUAUAUAUUUAUUUUUUCCUCUUUCCUGGACCCAGACGCAGAUCUGACAGAGAAGGACCUUUUUUCUGUCUUUUUUUUUUUUACCAGAAUAAAGUCGCAUAUGUGCCACACUGGGUGAAGAAGACUAUGAGAUGACACCUUCCAGUUUUCCCCCCUUCGCUGCAACGGAUUUGGGUGUGUUCAUGGAAGAUUCCUGCCAUCACAUACAAGGAGUCACUGCUUUUUACAACGUUGCAUAGAAAGAAACCAUUGAAUUGUGAAGGCUGGAAACGCUGUCAUGGAUCUAAAAGACUAUUACCUGUUGGGCACCAUACUCACUUGUAUAUGGUUAGAUCCCUCCAUAGCACAAGAACUAAUCUACCCUAUCAGGGAGGAGUUGCAAGAAAAUGUUCUCAUUGGGAAUAUACCAAAGGACCUAAACAUUUCCCAUACAAAUGCUGCCACUGGAGCAAGUGCUAAUCUUGUCUACCGGCUCGUCUCUAAAGCAGGAGAUAACCCACUGGUCCGUGUUCUGAGCAGCACUGGAGAGAUAUUCACAACAUCAAAUCGCAUAGACAGAGAGAAGUUGUGCCCCGGACCCUCAUUUGAUGACAGCGAGUGCUCCUUUGAAAUUGAAGUGGUCAUCCUGCCUAAUGAUUAUUUCAGGCUAAUUAAGAUCAAGAUAAUUGUCAAAGACACAAAUGAUAAUGCCCCCAUGUUCCCAUCCCCCGUGAUCAACAUCUCCAUCCCAGAGAACACCCUCAUUAACAGCCGCUUCGCUAUUCCUUCUGCUACUGACCCAGACACUGGCCCCAACAGUGUGCACAAAUAUGAGCUGAUCAACGGGCAAAGUGCAUUCGGCUUAGACAUAGUAGAAACGCCUGAAGGGGAGAAGUGGCCCCAGCUCAUUGUGCAGCAAAAUCUGGACAGAGAGCAGAAGGAUACAUAUGUGAUGAAGAUUAAAGUAGAGGAUGGUGGGAGCCCACAGAAAUCCAGCACUGCCAUUCUUCAGGUUACUGUGACAGAUGUCAAUGAUAAUAAGCCUGUGUUUAAAGAGAGCCAGAUUGAGGUGCACAUACCAGAGAACUCCCCUAUUGGCACUUCUGUAGUGCAGCUCCAGGCCACUGAUGCAGACAUAGGAGCAAAUGCAGAGAUACAUUAUGUAUUUGGGACACAGGUCUCUCCUGCUACAAAAAGACUAUUUGCAUUAAAUACAACAUCUGGGCUUAUUACAGUGCAGAGACCUCUGGACAGGGAAGAAACUGCUAUUCAUAAGCUCUCUGUAUUAGCCAGUGAUGGGAGCUCAAGUCCAGCCAGAGCUACUGUAACCAUAAAUGUAACAGAUGUAAAUGACAAUCCACCGAAUAUAGACCUGAGAUACAUAAUCAGUCCCAUUAAUGGCACUGUUUUCCUCUCAGAAAAGGACCCCAUCAAUACCAAGAUAGCCCUCAUCACAGUAUCAGACAAAGACACUGACAUCAACGGCAAGGUCAUUUGUUUCAUAGAGAAGGAUGUGCCCUUCCAUCUCAAAGCUGUCUAUGACAACCAGUAUCUGUUAGAGACAUCUGCACUGCUUGACUAUGAAGGGACGAAGGAAUACAACUUUAAAAUUGUGGCUUCGGACUCUGGAAAGCCAAGCUUGAAUCAGACUGCCUUGGUACGAGUUAGACUGGAGGAUGAGAACGACAACCCGCCUAUUUUUACUCAGCCAGUCAUUGAGCUGGCCGUCAUGGAAAACAACAAACGCGACCUUUUCCUCACCACUCUCAGCGCCACUGAUGAGGACAGCGGGAAGAACGCAGAGAUUGUGUAUCAGCUGGGGCCGAAUGCAUCAUUUUUUGAUCUCGACCGUAAAACAGGGGUCCUGACUGCUUCAAGGGUUUUCGAUAGGGAGGAUCAGGAUAGGUUCCUCUUCACUGUAACAGCAAGAGAUAACGGGACACCCCCUUUGCAAACACAGGCAGCUGUUAUUGUAACUGUGCUGGAUGAAAAUGAUAACAAUCCUAAGUUCACACACAACCACUUUCAGUUCUUUGUGUCUGAAAAUCUUCCUAAAUACAGCACUGUUGGGGUAAUAACUGUGACAGAUUCUGAUGCUGGAGAAAAUGCUGCUGUGUCUCUCUCUAUACUGAAUGACAAUGAGAACUUUAUAUUGGAUCCGUACUCUGGGGUGAUAAAAUCUAAUGUGUCAUUUGACAGGGAGCAACAGAGCUCCUACACUUUUGAUGUUAGGGCUGUGGACAGCGGCAGACCUCCUUGCUCUUCAGCCGCCAAGGUGACCAUUAACGUCAUCGAUGUGAACGACAACACCCCUAUCGUCAUUUAUCCCCCCUCCAACACAUCUUUCAAGCUUGUCCCUCUCUCAUCUAUCCCGGGAUCUGUGGUAGCGGAGGUUUUUGCUGUUGAUGGGGAUACAGGGAUGAAUGCAGAACUGAAGUACACUAUCGUGAGCGGGAACAACAAGGGUCUGUUCAGAAUUGACCCAGUCACAGGAAAUAUUACACUGGAGGAAAAACCUGCAGUAACUGACAUAGGCUUACACAGAUUAGUGGUCAAUAUCAGUGACCUGGGAUACCCCAAAUCCCUCCAUACCCUGGUGCUAGUGUUUCUGUAUGUCAAUGACACUGUGGGCAACUCAACACUCAUUUAUGAUCUCAUCCGACGCACCAUGGAGACUCCAAUCGACCGAAACAUUGGGGAAAGCAGUGAAACUUAUCAGAGUGGUGACUAUUUAACUAUCAUGAUAGCCUUUGUUACUGGGGCCUUAGUGGUGAUCAUCGUCAUCUUUGUGACUGUGCUGCUGCGCUGUCGCCACGCUUCCAGGUUUAAAGCUGCACAGAGAAAAAAACAGGGGGCUGAGUGGAUGUCACCAAACACGGAAAGCAAGCAGAACAAGAAGAAAAAACGUAAGAAAAGGAAGUCCCCCAAAAGCUCUUUGCUCAAUUUUGUGACCAUAGAGGGGAACAAACCCGACGAUCCCGCUCACGAGCCAAUCAACGGAACCAUCAGCCUCCCUACAGAGCUGGAGGAGCAAGGGAUUGGACGCUUUGAUUGGAAUGCCACACCGACCACGACCUUCAAACCUAGUAGCCCAGAUCUGGCUCGGCACUACAAGUCCGCUUCGCCACAAUCGGCUUUCCACCUCAAGGCCGACACGCCGGUGUCAGUGAAGAAGCAUCAUGUGAUUCAGGAACUCCCCUUGGAUAACACAUUUGUUGGGGGCUGUGACACCCUUUCCAAGAGAUCCUCCACAAGCUCCGACCACUUCAGUGCCUCAGAGUGCAGUUCCCAAGGAGGGUUCAAGACGAAGGGGCCCAUGCACACCAGACAGCAGGGAACAUUAACUCGUGCCCGAACCGAACUGAACCCUGAAUAUCUGGACCUUCGUCCGCGAGCAGAGCUGAAUCCCGAAUAUUGGACCCCUUGCACCCCUUUAGCGCAGGACGACUUCUACGAGCAGGCCUCCCCCGAUAAGAGGACCGAAGCUGAUGGCAACUCUGACCCCAACUCCGAUGGCCCCCUGGGACCACGUGGUCUGGUGGAAGCCACAGAGAUGUGCACACAGGAGUGCCUCGUCCUGGGACAUUCAGACAACUGUUGGAUGCCCCCAACGUUAGGUUCAUACCAGCAGUCCAAGUCCCCCGUCUCCAGCUUUGGCUCUCAGCGGGAAUGGGGUCCAAAGGACAAACUUCUUAAUGGACAUACACUGUCCAGAACCUGGAAAAAUGAGAGCGGACGCUCUGAGCAUUUUGGUGACAGGAAGCAGUUUGGGAGUGGAGAGGGACACUUCACCAGCAGUGGCAUCGCUGAUAUUCCGUUAGUGAGUCUGAAAUCCUGCCAGUCAGCCUCCUGCCCGGACAGCCCAAAGGACCAGCAGCUGUAAGAGGGACUUUGCUUUUGUGCUGUCAGAGCGAUCCCUAAAUCUGGACCCAGUUAACAGACGGAGCAUCUCACCUGAGCUCCUCUUAUGCUUACUUGUUUUAUUUCUUGUUUCUUAUUUUCAAACUUAAUUUGAUGCUUCUGCAGUGUGACAGCCACAUGUACUAUGUGGGCCACAAAAUAGUGCUUAUGCUGUGUUCUCUACAGUGAAACUUUACUAUUGCUCUAUAGAAAAUCUUUUUUUUUUCUUCUUCUUUUUGUGCUUGACGUCCUCCAUGGAUUUAUUCAGCGUUAAACAACAUUUUCUGUCCACUUCAUGAAUGAACUGGACAUAAGGAGGAAGGACUUAUAUACGUAAAGUUGAGAAAAAGUAAAAAAAAAAAAAAAGAAAUAGAAAAAAAGAAGAAAAAAAAGGACCAAUAUACACAAAUAUUUGUGGUGUGAUUGUUAUUGAGUUGUUCAGGACUAUAUUAAUCAACACAAAGAAAAAGGAAUUACAUUUCAGAAAGUGUUGUUCUAAUUACACUGUUUGUGGACACUUGUUUAUUAAGUCAUUGUCUCUGUAUUUGUAAAUAAGGCUUAUUAAUCAUGAUCAUGUAUCUGUUAUAUCCACAGUGACUAGGACAGUUCUUUGCUGGUGUAAUAAUGGCUUUUCAUCGGGACUUUAGUUUUCAGUUGGUCAAAGAUCUUUAAUAUGGCAUACUCUGCAACAAAAAUGCAUUUACCUACUUAUCUAAAACCCUUACGGUCGACUUUUUUAAACAAAAUGGAGUGUUUGGUACCAUAUCAUUGUUCUAACAUCCAUGAUUCCCACAACUCAAUCGUGUAACAAAUGCCCAUUGAUCCAGCAUUCCAUUGGUACAAAUGCCUUUUAUUCCAAACACCCAAAGCUCACUAUGCCAACAUCCCAUUAUUUUUUGAAGAUUUCAAAUCCAUUUCUGGGUGACCUUAACUCACCCGCUGAACCCAACAAUAACUCAGACUGUCAUCAGGUUCGAACGUGCCAUUAAAUGGUAAAAAUGAUGGCCAACCUGUAACCCAAUACGCUUUUUUGCACAGCUGUGGGGAAACAUUUAUUCUACAUUCAAACGUGGCAUACAUCAAUGUGGACAACAUGCCGAGCAUCUACAAUGGACAUUAGCACCACAAUCACAACUGGGGCUGUGCAGAGAUCUUUGAAAAGGAAACCUAGGGGCUUAAAAAAUAGCAUGGUGAUUUUAAAGGGUCUCAUUAAUUCUUGAAUUGAAUAAAUGGAUACAGUACAUUCAAUGAAACAUCCAUGGAUUAACUGAUCAGCUGAGGUUCAUGUUCAGACCAAUGGGAUGUUGGUGUAAACGGACUAUAGACCCAAUGAUUUGUUAGCCCAAUGGGAACUUGUCACGAUGCAGGUUUGUCAGAAUAAUGGGUUGUCAGAACAAGUAGAAAUCCCGCUGUGUUUGCCAUUAGUCCAUAAUAAUUUCCUAUAACUACAAAUUCAUUAAGAAAAAAAAUCUGGUUUUUCUUUUUCUUUUAAAAACCUUUUUGUAUGAAAGAUGUCAGUGCUCAAUAUGUGCAUUAUAAAAAUGAAAAGCUCUUAAGGCUAUCUAUUAACUGAUUUUGAAAGUGUUCAGUACAAUUAAAUAGCAAUAUAUUUGUAAAUGGCUAAAUGUUUUAUCUAAUGUUGAUCUUAUUAUUGUAUAGAUUUUAUUCAAAUUGUGAUUUAACUGAGAGCAAUUUCUCAGUAGUAUCUGCAAUUUAUUGACAUAUGUAUGUAAAUAUCAAUAUUAUUUCCACACAGGUUAUUUUCCACACAUGAGAAAACAAAGGUUGAGGUAACACUUUAAUCACUGUGCCUUCAUGACGUUUCUUCAAACACUGAAUUGCGCUUAUUUAAAUGACAAAAACAUGUUGGCUACAAAGAAGUUUCUUUUCAGAUAAUCAAAUGCCUUUUGCAUUGUUUGCCAAAUUUCAAGACGUGAUCUUACACUUGUUAAAUGCUAACUCGAGUCAUUAAAAGACACAAAGGCAUGUGCAGAUAAUGGGUCAGUCGUGAAAGAUCAUCCGUCAUAACACCAUCUGAUAAGGUUGGUUUAAUCCCACAGCAUGGAAGGCAAAUACACAAUGGAACAGCAUGCUAAAAGAUAUAGCUUUUACAAUUAACUUGAACAUUUUUUGUGUAUUUCUUUUUUUUGUUUUGUUUUCUUCUGUUUUGGGGGAGGAGAGGCGGGUUUUUGGGUAGAGUUGAGUUGCGUAUUAAAGUAACAUUCAGUUUGUAAAGCACUUUCAAAUUUAUGUCACAAUAUAAAAAGGUUAAGUUGGUUGGAGUGAUUUGCUUCUCGCACUAUGUUUGUCAGUUGUGAGGGUGUUUGACAUCAGAUACUGAAACAGUUACUCCAUGUUACUACUCUACAGGUAUUC